UCCUAUAGUAUCAGGUGACCGGGGCAUCUCUGUGGGGCCAUCCCAGGCAACACACAGCGGACCCUCGCCCUCGGUCGGGCUGCAGCUCGGAGCGUACCGGACGGGUGCCCGGCGUACACGGCGCCACGAUGGGCCGGUACCAGGUCGAGAUUUUCCUGGAGCCCGGGAAGGGGAGGGGUCUGAGGACGUCCAGGUUCGGCAAAGGGCUGGAGCCGGGAACGCUGAUCAUCACCGAGCGCCCGUACUGUUACGCCCUGCUGAAUGGUGAGGAGGAGAACCAUUGCCACUACUGCCUGGCCGAGGAAAGGAAAGACCAAAAGCUGCUGGUUUGUCCAGGCUGCGCCACUGCCAGAUACUGUAACGAGCAAUGUCAGAAAAACGCCGAGCUGGAUCACAGGUGUGAGUGCCGGGGGUACCGACAGCUGAUGUUACUGCCUUUCCAUCUCAGGCUCAUAGGACGGAUCAUCUACAGACAGCACGUGCGAAAGUUGGAAACGGGACCGUUGGACCCCUUGAACGAUCUAUGUUCACACAUGGAAGACCUGACAGGAAGUUUUGGCAUGGAUUCGCAGCUGGGAUAUCUUGCCCGUAUGGUGGACAAGGACGUCAUACCAAAUUGGGCGUAUUUUCAACGGCUCUUUGGUAAGGUCACUUGCAACUGUUUUGGAAUCAGCAAUUCUGAACUCAAGGACAUUGCAGUGGGCGUCUACCCACAGGCGGCCAUGCUCAACCACAGCUGCAGGUCCAACACCAUCGCCACUUUCCAGGGACCCAACAUGGAGGUUCGAACAUUUACACACAUCGGACCCGGGGAAGAGGUAUUUCAUGCCUAUGUUCAGAAGGGGGCGACAACAGACCGCAGGAGAGACGACCUGAUGGAGAAGUACUUCUUUCUCUGUCAGUGUGCCGACUGCCUCAAUCUCGACAGGGACUUGAGAAUGAGAACUGUGAAAUGCCCUAACUGCGAAGGGCCAGUACUACCUAACCCAGAAUCUAAGUCAACCUAUGAGAAGUGUCCCCGGUGCGAACACGACGAGUUUGACGAGGACUUUCAUGACAAGAUCGACACGGCUGUGCAGUACGCGGACAACGUCCUCACCAAGGAGAGGAGAUGGUGCAAUGGUUUGGAAUACGAGCUCCAGUUUCGGCAGAACUGCCUGUUGGAGAUUGACAAGGUCCUUCACGAGGAUAACGUGAACACCAUCAGGAUCCUGGUGGGGGCCUUCCACGCCGCAGCCGGGCUGGGGGAGUGGACACAGGCCAUCGACUGGGGCCACAGGCUGGAACGUGGACUUCAGUGA